AUGCCAUCACUGUCACCCGUGCUGAGUGCACCAGCACUGUCACCCGCACUGGGACUGUCUCCCCUGCCGUGUGCGCCAAUGAAGUCACCUGCAUUGUCCGCUAGCACUGUUGCCUGCACCGAGUACGCCAAGUGUGACAAUGGUGUCACCCUUGCCAAUACUGUCACCCAUGUGUCUCCAGUGCCAAGGCUGUCGCCUGCACCAUCACUUCCGCUCGUGCUGAGUGCACCGUCAUUGUCGCCCACGCUGAGGGCCCUGCCACUGUCGCCCUCAGUGAGUGCAUCACCUCAGUCAUCCACUUUAAGUGCACCGACACUGUCACCCAUGGUGAGCGCACCGACCCUGUCACCUGCACUGAGCAUGCCAAGACUGUCGCCCGUGAUGAGUGUGUCAAUGCUGUCACAUUCACCGAGCAUGCCAUCACUGUCACCCGUGCUGAGUGCACCAGCACUGUCACCCACACUGGGACUGUCUCCCCUGCCGUGUGCGCCAAUGAAGUCACCUGCAUUGUCCGCUAGCACUGUUGCCUGCACCGAGUACGCCAAGUGUGACAAUGGUGUCACCCUUGCCAAUACUGUCACCCAUGUGUCUCCAGUGCCAAGGCUGUCGCCUGCACCAUCACUUCCGCUCAUGCUGAGCGCACCGUCAUUGUCGCCCAUGCUGAGGGCCCUGCCACUGUCGCCCUCAGUGAGUGCAUCACCUCAGUCAUCCACUUUAAGUGCACCGACACUGUCACCCAUGGUGAGCGCACCGACCCUGUCACCUGCACUGAGCAUGCCAAGACUGUCGCCCGUGAUGAGUGUGUCAAUGCUGUCACAUUCACCGAGCAUGCCAUCACUGUCACCCGUGCUGAGUGCACCAGCACUGUCACCCACACUGGGACAGUCUCCCCUGCCGUGUGCGCCAAUGAAGUCACCUGCAUUGUCCGCUAGCACUGUUGCCUGCACCGAGUACGCCAAGUGUGACAAUGGUGUCACCCUUGCCAAUACUGUCACCCAUGUGUCUCCAGUGCCAAGGCUGUCGCCUGCACCAUCACUUCCGCUCAUGCUGAGCGCACCGUCAUUGUCGCCCAUGCUGAGGGCCCUGCCACUGUCGCCCUCAGUGAGUGCAUCACCUCAGUCAUCCACUUUAAGUGCACCAACACGGUCACCCAUGGUGAGCGCACCGACCCUGUCACCUGCACUGAGCAUGCCAAGACUGUCGCCCGUGAUGAGUGUGUCAAUGCUGUCACAUUCACCGAGCAUGCCAUCACUGUCACCCGUGCUGAGUACACCAGCACUGUCACCCACACUGGGACUGUCUCCCCUGCCGUGUGCGCCAAUGAAGUCACCUGCAUUGUCCGCUAGCACUGUUGCCUGCACCGAGUACGCCAAGUGUGACAAUGGUGUCACCCUUGUCAAUACUGUCACCCAUGUGUCUCCAGUGCCAAGGCUGUCGCCUGCACCAUCACUUCCGCUCGUGCUGAGCGCACCGUCAUUGUCGCCCAUGCUGAGGGCCCUGCCACUGUCGCCCUCAGUGAGUGCAUCACCUCAGUCAUCCAGUUUAAGUGCACCGACACUGUCACCCAUGGUGAGCGCACCGACCCUGUCACCUGCACUGAGCAUGCCAAGACUGUCGCCCGUGAUGAGUGUGUCAAUGCUGUCACAUUCACCGAGCAUGCCAUCACUGUCACCCGUGCUGAGUGCACCAGCACUGUCACCCACACUGGGACUGUCUCCCCUGCCGUGUGCGCCAAUGAAGUCACCUGCAUUGUCCGCUAACACUGUUGCCUGCACCGAGCACGCCAAGUGUGACAAUGGUGUCACCCAUGCCAAUACCGUCACCCAUACCGACGCUGUCGCAUGUGCCGAGCGUGACAGUGCUGUCGCCUGUGCAGAGUGGGUCAACGCAAUCGCCCGCAGUAGGCAUAUCAAUGCUGUCGGCCAUGCUAAGCGUGCCGACACUGUUGUCCGCACCAAGCGCACCAAAACUGUCGCUCGCACUAAGCGCACCAACACUGUCAUCCGCUCUGAGCCCGCCAGCACAGUUGCCCACACAGAGAGCACCUGCACUGUCACUCGCGCCGAGCGUGACAGCACUGUCACUCGGGCCAAGUGCACCAACACUGUCGCCCGUGCCAGGCGCGUCAACCCUGUUGUCCGUGCUAGAUGCUUGCUAUAUGACAAAAGAGAUUCUGGUGUUAAAUGUUAA